GAGCAUCCUCUCGUGGGGGGAUGCUGAGCGCACAGGCGGGGCCGAUUUUCCUUGCAGUGCACUAUCAUAGAGCAAUGUGCAUGACAGGACAGAACGAGCAGAGCUGAGAGCAGCGCAAAGGGAAAACAUCAGCGAGAGGGGAGGUUGUAAUAACGCUAAUUAAGCAUCCAAUCUCUGUAUUCGUAAUAUUUGCAUCAUGGAUGUAUAAUUCCUCUAUUUUCGCUAAACAUCGUAUCCAUUCAACAACUCGGACAUUUUGUUCCUCAUUUUGUUCCUUUAACAGAACACUGGUGCCCAUCAAGAGCCUAGGAGAGACAGAGAGUGCCAUUGUAUCGGGCGCAGGAACUGAGCUAAAGCCGACAUCAUGGCGUGGCCCUGCAUCACCAGGGCGUGCUGUAUGGCCCGCUUCUGGAACCAGCUGGACAAGGGGGACAUUUCGGUGCCAUUGGUUUUCACCAGGUACGACGUCUCGGAGAUGCAGCAUCUUCAACUGCAGCACCAACAAAAACAACCGCAUCACCAGGCACAGGCAAGCGCGGUCGCCAUAGAAACUCAACCCGCUCACGAGGACAAGGCGGUAGCGGCUUGUGAGCACCCCGCAACGGGAACCGCUGUGUCUGAGGAGCGCGCAUGUGGUUCUGUAAUGCGCCAAGACUUUAAGCACUGGAACGUGCGCCCUGAGCCAAGCUGUAAACCUAAGAAUGAAUAUCACACUCCCGAGACCCCUUUUAACAACAAGACACAAUAUCAGAAGGAUUUCAAGCCAUGGCCCAUUCCGAAAAGGGACGACCAUCCUUGGAUUGCCAGGCCCAAUCCCUCCAUCUCCAUCGGCGGUGACUGUGUCCAGGAUAGGUCCAAACACUACCAUGCACACGCGGAAGUUGACAGUGGGGUGGAGAAAAGCGAAAUUGCUGACAAAGUGCAAGAGAAAGAAAUUCUGGGAGGGAGUACAAAUAACCAAACUGCAGAGAAGGAUGGUGAAAAGAAAGUUAGCAUCAAAGUGGAGCGAGAAGACGCGGCAGGGGCCAGAGGCAGGGCGGCGUUAGAUGCGCUAAACAGGCAGUUAAAACAGGAAGUAACAAUUGGCAGCUCAUACAAGACUGAGUUCAAGGCCCACGGGGAUGUGAAGCCAGUGAAGCUGAUCCGAGCUAAGUCCCAGUUCCUUCCCCCUGAUGAGAAGACCAGCCUGGAGACCAGCUAUAGCGCCACCUACAGGGGAGAGCAGGCCAAGCAGCAGCCCAACGACAACAAGGCUGUGGACAGGAGGAGGAUACGCAGCCUGUACAAUGAGCCCUACAAAAGGCUACAAGAGACCAAGGUUGAGAGGUCUAACAGUGCUCCCCGAUCCAAACCCAAAAAGGCGGGCACCAGGUUAGCGAGCCAGGGGGGCAAACCUGUGAAGAAGGCUAAAGAGCAGAAGCUGCAAGGCAGCACAGCACUGCGGGGCACCAAGCAGAAGACCUUGGAGAACCAGCCCACUGAGUCCAGGCCUGCGGAGAUGGACAAGGAGAAAAGUAAAGAGAUGAACAACAAACUGGCUGAGGCAAAAGAAUCACCGUACUAAUGAGGGGAUGUGUGCAUCCGCUUCCUCUGCUUCCUGAUGCCACCGACCACCCACCUUUCUCCGUCUCCAUCUCAAGGUUGCCAUGGCUACCAAUGAACGGCGCGUGCUAUUGUUGCAUGAGCUCACCGAUUAGCAAUCCUGUGUGGUUGGCUUCCAUCUUCCAACUGAAAAGAUUGCUUUGUUGAGUUUAUCAAGGAUUUUUGGGAAAGAGAAUACCAUGUAAAUUGGCUCACUGAAUGGACUUGAUCUUUAUAGCUGUAACUUGCUAAAUUUAUCCAAAGAUAGAUACUCAUCUAGAAUUAUGGUCUGAAAAUCUUUGAUAAAUGUGCAGCUUGGUUUUUCUAGAGUGUAUUGAUCCAUGGCUGAGUGUAUGCCUGCUCUGUAGGUCCUGAAUGCUGUCUUCCUGUGUACACGGGCCUCCAAGUCUGUCUGUAAUCAGAUUGCCAUUACUAAGAUGCUUUGUUAAACUUUGCCAUCAUUCUUGAAUGAAAUCUUAUUUUGUAAACCUAAUAACUGUUGAUUGUGGAUGAUGUGGGAAUGGUUUUGAGAAAAUAAUUGUCAGGUAAACAUUUAAAACCUCAUACUGUCUCAUUCAAAGUGUUCUCUCUAUUCACAGGAAAAUUAGUUCAAGUUAUUUUAAAGGGCAGACAAGGAUAUCUUGUUUCAUCAACCUUGUUGCCAAACCAGGAGCCAUCUGGGAUUCAGUAACAUGAUGAUGCAUUACUAGACCAGUUAUUUGCACAGCAGAUAAAUUAAAUGUUACUAUCAUGAAAUUAUAAUUACAUUAGCCAUUUGAAUAACUACAUUACAUGUCACUGAGUCACCAUAGGAAAUUGAUUUUGUGGCUCUGUGGUCGUUAGCUAUGCUUUCACCCAGACCAUGCAGACUCUGUGUAGAUAUAGCUCAGUGGAGUGGCAGGAUCGCUUUUUAAUCCUGCAUAGAGCAGCCUAACCUAUAACCUCACACACCCCCGCCUACAGCCCCUCCCCUCCUCUCAGACACACACACACACACAGAGCCAUGGUUGACUGUAACCAACGUGAUUAGGCCCCCAUGGGACUAGCAGAUGGGACCCCAGCAACGCUGUCACAUCCCAGAGGUCUAAAGUGGUGUCUGGCUGGAUGUGAUAUUAGUCCACACUAGUAGGAGCGGAUUCAUGGUUUUAUAAUCAUAUGUCAUUUAUUAUGUUUUAUUUAUUCAUCUAUUUGUUUGGGUAUGAAACAUUGAUUACCACCUCUGCUAAUACUUCUCUUUAUUGAAUAAUAAUGAGUCUGUGAUGUGAUGGUAAGUUGAAUGCUGGCCGUUUGGAAUGCUUCUUUUUCUCAAAUUAUUAUCUGUAUGUGUCUGUCUAACACAGGCCUCAAUGAACUGGCCUCUUCCCUGAACCAGGUGUGUGUUUAAGUGUGUGGAUUUGAUUAGGUUGACAAGAUUACGUGUAGAUGACAAGAUUAUAUUCAACGCAUUCAACUUCGAAUCAAUCUCUCUCUGCUGCCUUCCAUGGCAAUCUAAAUAUUGUAGGCAUAGGCUAACAAUGUAGAGCAACUUGAUAUUUCUCCCCUGUGAUUUCAUUGAAUUAGGACAAGCAGCGAAACUCAAUUCUAUAUUUGGUUUACAUUUGUGUUAUACUUCUGCAUAUGUUUGCAGUUUCUUGAAAGGGAUAAAAUGAGUGAGCAAGGAAAAUGAUCUGUAUUACAAAUGAAAACCUAAUUAUGUCAAAAUUAAUCAAGUUAGACUUGUCCCCUUUGUAUUGGCUGUAUAGUGCCAGUGGAGCUCUAUUUGCUGUAAGUAAUAGUAUGCUACUAGACGUCUGCUUGUGUCUUAGCAGACAGUAGUAAAGACCAGAACAGCGUCUCAGACUCCUGGGAUAGGAUAGGCCUCAAUAGAGCAGUGCAUUGUGCAGGACUUGUCAUGUCAUGGGUCAACCCCCACCUCCUCACACUCCCCAGUCUCUUUCUUGUGUUGUUGUCAUCUGUUGUGCUAGUCAGUGUCCCCUGACUCCCUCGCUCCCCUCAGUGUUGAGUAAUGGAGUGUGUUGUCUCUCCAUUUGCCAUGGUGGUGUCUUGGUUAGUAUGUCACAAUGAAUCACCACACCGUAUUCCACAGACUGAGCAUGAACCCACGGAGCAGAAGGCGAGGGCCAUCUUAUUAGCAUUUUGCAGCCUUUGGAUGGGGGAGGGGGAUGCUUUCUCUCGUAACACAUGAAGGAGGGGUUGGGGGGUCAUACAUGUAAAGUGCUGACACACAACCCACCCGGUGCUAUCGAUUUUGAAUCCAAGCAUUAGAAUCAAACGCUAAAAAUUGUAAGUAAUAAUGGUACAAAGAAGUUAUUUGUUGGGCCAAUAUAUUUUACUGUGACGUGCUUGUGUUUCUCUCUGCUUGCUCCUAUUUACUGAAAUAUGAAUAAAUGCAAAAGCAGAAAAA